CCGGGCUGACGCGCGGGUGCCCGGGCGCAGCGCCGCCGGGAUCCUAGAGGCGCGGGGAGCCGGCGGCGGCGGGGGCCGGGACGCGGCGUGCGCCCGGGCGGGUUCCGCGCUGUGCCGCCACCUCGGCCGGCUGGUCCCUGCGGCGGCGGCCCAGGCGGCCCGGGCGCACGACCUUUCGCCAUGUACACUUUCGUGGUGCGCGACGAGAACAGCAGCGUCUACGCCGAGGUCUCGCGGCUGCUGCUCGCCACCGGCCACUGGAAGAGGCUCAGGCGAGACAACCCCAGGUUCAACCUGAUGCUGGGCGAGAGGAACCGGCUGCCCUUCGGGAGACUGGGUCACGAGCCUGGGCUGAUGCAGUUGGUGAAUUACUACAGGGGGGCUGACAAGCUGUGUCGCAAAGCUUCUUUAGUGAAGCUAAUCAAGACGAGCCCAGACCUGGCUGAGUCCUGCACAUGGUUUCCAGAGUCCUAUGUGAUUUACCCAACUAAUCUCAAGACCCCAGUUGCUCCAGCACAGAAUGGAAUCCACCCACCGAUCCAUAACUCAAGGACAGAUGAAAGGGAAUUCUUCCUGGCUUCUUAUAAUAGAAAGAAAGAAGAUGGAGAAGGCAAUGUUUGGAUUGCAAAGUCAUCAGCUGGUGCCAAAGGUGAAGGCAUCCUCAUCUCCUCAGAGGCUUCAGAACUUCUGGAUUUCAUUGACAACCAGGGUCAGGUGCAUGUGAUCCAGAAAUACCUUGAGCACCCUCUGCUUCUGGAACCAGGUCACCGCAAGUUUGACAUUCGAAGCUGGGUCCUGGUGGAUCAUCAGUAUAAUAUCUACCUCUACAAAGAGGGUGUGCUUCGGACUGCUUCAGAACCAUAUCAUGUUGAUAAUUUCCAAGACAAAACCUGCCAUUUGACUAAUCACUGCAUUCAGAAGGAGUACUCAAAGAACUAUGGAAAGUACGAAGAAGGGAAUGAAAUGUUCUUUGAGGAGUUCAAUAAGUACCUAAUAAGUGCUUUGAACAUUACAUUGGAGAGUAGUAUCUUGCUACAAAUUAAACAUAUAAUAAGAAGCUGCCUCAUGAGUGUGGAGCCCGCCAUCAGCACCAGGCACCUCCCUUACCAGAGCUUCCAGCUCUUUGGCUUUGACUUCAUGGUGGACGAGGAGCUGAAGGUCUGGCUCAUUGAGGUCAACGGCGCCCCGGCUUGUGCCCAGAAGCUUUAUGCAGAACUGUGCCAGGGCAUCGUGGACAUAGCCAUAUCCAGUGUCUUCCCCCCACCAGACGUGGAGCCGCAGCACGUCCAGCCGGCCGCGUUCAUCAAGCUGUGACCCAGGGAGGUGCCCCGAGCUCCUGCUCCAGGGGAAGGUGAAAGGUCACGAUCGCUCGCUCGUUCCCAAGCCCGAACUGGAGAAAGCGAGGCGACCGGCCCAGCCGUGGUCGACGAGAGAACACGAGAAGAAAAGCCGGCUUCCCCAAAGAGUGGUUGCUCAGGGAUUCCUAGGUGGUGCUCGCAGCACUGCUAUCGAGACGUGGGAACUGUGGCAAACCCCUCUGAGGGGAGAGUAAAAUAUUCUUCUGAGGGGAAAAGACAGGGACUUGAUUAUUUGAUGUUCUCAUCCUUUAAAAAAAAAUACCCCGUUUUUAUCCUAAGGCAGCAUUGUGAGCAGCGCCUCUUUUCCCUGGGGAUCGAGACUAUUGGACCUUUGGUCGGUGUCUUUCCACCUGCUGCAGCCUUAGUGCCUUAGCUCUAUGCCCAGCUGCAACUCUUCUGUCUGGGACAGGGAGUGGUGGCUUUUGGGAGGUGGCCGAGGGGUUCCCGCCCAUCCCUCUCCACAGCACCCUGCCCGCGAGAGCCUGGACGAGCAGGCACCAACAGUCCUCGGUGCCAUGCUGGGUGCCACGUCGCAGCAGAGGGGGUUUUCCUCACCACGUUCCCGAUGGCGUUUGGCCAGUCACCUGUCAGGGUUGCUGUGGGCUGGGCACCCAAAUGGCAAAUGCUGCUCUCAGUCUGCUCUGUGCAUGUUUUAGAAACCAAACAGCAAGUUUGCCGCAACAUAAGCAUCAAAUAAGCAUGAGAGAGAAAAAACACGAUGUCUUGCUUUACUUAGUAGUUGGGUAUGGUGGAUCUUCAAAGUAUGAUGAUUCUCAAUUAUCUUUGUUUUAAUCGGAAUUCUCCACGCACUUUUGCAAAGUUCCCUAUUGUUCUCUUUGUUGUUGUUGUUGUAACUUUUGUAAAAACCCCUCUAGGGGGCAACAGAGUAGAAUUCCACAUACACGCCGCCACCUCCACCAGGUGGCACUGCCCCAGACCCGGGCAGCUUUCCUCCAUUUUCUUGCUCUCCAAGCACCUUCUGCAGGAGCUGGAAGAGGUUUUGUUCCGGGGAGGAUUCUCCGCUUCUGCCUCUUGACAUCAGGCUGAGGCUCUGAAUGAGCGUCUGUUGGCCUGAAUGGGGGAGUCUCCUAAAAUGGGAAAGAUGGGGUUUCAGAGCUCCACAGAGAAUCUUAUAAGUCAGCAGAUGUGUCCUGUGAGGUGUAGUUUCUACUUCCUGGAUCAAAAAUUCUGUAGAUUUUUCAGGAGGCUACAUCACUACCGGUGGGAAGAGCAAGAUGCUACUUGCGUUCAGGGUGGGCUGAAUGAACAGGUGCUCCUUAGAGUGCUGGGAACCACAGCCGGCCUCCUGUCCAGUACAUGCUGUGUUCUUCCUGCGUGUCUAUAUGUGCUCCGUCGUUCUUUCUACUUGUCACCAGACAACAGUUCUGCAGUCAGGGAGACGUUUUUAAAAAAGAAAAGAGAGCAACGCCUCCUCAAACAUGAUGAGAUGUGGGAGCUUACAGCGAAGAAAGGAAUAAGGAAUAUUUCAUAGGUGCAGCAGUGGGUGUAGGAUGUGAUGGCUUUAUGUUGGGGUGAAGGAGAGGGGCCCAACCGGUUUAGCUCUUCUGUGAAUUUGGAAUUACAGAAUAAAAGGCCUGGUGGUUACCCAGGAGACAGAUGAUGAAGUGUGCAUCCAGAGCAAAGUAAAACAGGCAGUGGGGAAAGGCAGUCUUGGAGACCCAGCACUGUUGGGUUAGUGUCUAGAAAGUGUAAGUGUCCGAGUUCUUGGGACGUCUCUGUGGACUGGUGAUGGGGAAAAGCACGGAGGUUUGUGUAGUGCUAUCACAUGUGAACGCAGAUUUGUAAGGAUCUUUUGGGGCCCAAAUUAAAGGGGCAUUUGAGAGUUUUCCAGCUCUUAACAGUGACGGAGCUAAGAAUUUAGAUGUUGGAAGUCCAUGGAUCUUAAUGGAUUUUCUGAGAAAUUCAAAUCAGUAGCAUAUACGUGAGGGAAGUAAGGCUUUAAAAAGAAAGUUCUGCUUUAUUCCUCACAUGGUUUCAAAUAACUAUCUAUUUUAUGCAUUUAUUUUCAAUCAGGUGGGAUGGUUGCCUCAGAACUGUUCCAUGCCCUUCCAUGAUGUCCUUGGCACAGAUGGUUAUGCCUCACUCUUCAGUUAGUCUUUAUACGUGCGGCCCGAGGACAUGUCGCCAGUUGCUGGGGGAAGAGGUGUUCUUUAUUGGGAGAUGGUGACUCCAGUCCUGGCACUGUCAUUUGGCUGCACGGUGUGAGAUGAACUCCUUAACCUCUCUGUGCCUUAGUUUCUUAUCUCAUGGACGAAAUUGUUGCCUGACCCAGGGACUACCUCAAAGGCUUUUAGUGAGGACAGGUGAGAUUAGGAAGACUCAAGAACCUGUGGUACCAAGGUUCUCAGUGCUGACUGUAUGCUGGACUCACUUGGGAAGCUUUUAAAAAAUGUUGGUGUCUACACCCUCCUCCUCUCUCCCACCCUGACCAAUUAAAUCCAAACGUCAGGCAUCAGUAUGUUCUGAGAUGCCUUGAACCCACUGCUUGAGAAGGAAAGACAAACACGUCAUUACCUAAAAAGAAUCAGAUAAGGCCUAGGACCUUUUUUUAAAAAGUUCGUUUUGGAAGGACAGUCAUUUCUUUAAGAGUGACCAUGUUGUCACUCAACAUGUUGACAUGUGUAUUCAUGAUACAGGCAACUUCUGUCUAAGCACGUUCUUUUUGCUUCUUGUCCCAGUGUUUGUAAACACAAACGUGCUUUCGUUUCCUCAACACAGUUUGUGAGCCCUGACAACAAAUGCAAACAGACGGGAAUUUACAAAUCUGCUAAAUAUGCGUUAAGGUUAUGAAUGAUUGAGAGAAAAGCCCCUUCCGUCACACGUAAGUCCUGUGGGAAUUGUAAACUCGAUUUUACCCAGAACAUUGAAGUGCCUCAGUGUCUGUACGGUACAAUGGAGCAGGUGCCGGCAUCCUUCCCAGCUGACUUGAUGUUUCAAAGUAGUGCCUCAGGGUCGUUGCCACAGACAGAAUGUCGGGCAGUGCCGGACACCUACAGGAUCCACAGAAUCCGCAAGCAGCAGCGAAGCUCCAGAGGGUGUUUUCAUUGACAGCCAAGGUUGUGUCGAGCAGGUGUGGACCCAGCCCUGUUGUGGGCGUGCUGGGGACUCUGCUAGAGAGGACAGGGUGCCAGAGUUAGGUUUCCUGCGGCUGUGGCUGCUGCGGAGGAAACGCAGUGAUACACUUGUCUCUGAUCCUGAACACAGAAUCUGUACCGAAGAGGAAAUGACUUAUGAAAUAAGGUGAUUUUAUGAAUGUUUAAAAUGCCCAGAGCAUUAAAGUAAAGUGAUAUUUCAAGUA